GGCCCCCCCAGGGAAUCAUCCCCGGGAGGAUGGUGGAACGAACUGACACAUCACUUCCCAUGGCUAAAAGGAUGUGCCUGGCCCGCGAAACCUACACAGGCUUUAAUGACCUGCGUAAAUCCUGGAGUCAUGGAUGCGAUAAAGAACGCCUGGGACACUGGGCGAUUCCCCCAUUUCUUCCAGAUGCUGUGCUUCAGCGACGUUGCCGUUCUUGCCGGAGCCUGGGAGCGUAGUAGGCAGGAGUUUGAUGAUGAGUUGGGUGCGAUGUGUGAGCGGCUAGAACUGAGGAAGCAGGAGUAUGACAAAGAGUGCAGAGAACUGGCGGGGAGAUCCGCGAAGAUUGAGCAAAUCCUCCUCAAAAUUUGGGGGGUGGAUGACUCACACUUAGAAGGGCGAGUCCCCGAAACCCAUGGGACAGUACCACCUACCACGGAAGGUGGUCGGACCACGAGAUGUGAUGAUCUCACGAUUGAGGCAGAGGAGAGGGAGGAAAUGGAACGAGCCAUCGCAGCCAUCGCAAAUACCAUAAGGAGCUCCCCCCUUACGGACAGCCCGACAACCAACAACGCCUCGGAACGGGACAGGUACACAGUAUUCGCCCCCGUGGCUUCCACCUACUGGGUGGAGCACACGUCCACUGGAUUCAGACAUGCAAUCUGGAAGAUGGAGACGUUUAACCACGUUGCACCGAUCUCCAUCAGGGCACUCCAGUUCUUAGGUAAUAUCACGGAUACCCAGGUAAAGGAGUGCAGGACGCAAAUCUUCAAAAGUAAGCUGAAGUUCUCUGGGCGGGUCCCCCCAUUAGAUCCCCAGGACCUUAAGUUCCCAUCCAUGCGCGCAUUCGACUUAGACAAGUGCGGCGAGACGAGUUCGGGGAUAUGGCAGAAGGCGAUCAGGCAGCCGGACAAGUUAGAUCUCAGAAGUAUAAGGAAGAUCUGGAGCGUAGUGAGACCAUAUCUUAAGUGCAAAUAGUGGAUGGAGGUCUAUGAUCCCGAACAGUGCCCAUGCAGAUCGUGCAGAUACACGGACAUGCGCAGCAAUGCUUCAAUCGACCUACUCCGGUGCGAAGGGCAUACACACGUAAUCACGCUGGACUCCUCGAUUACGGACAAUGCUCUUCUGCAAGGCAUCAUCAAUUCGGGACUGAACCAUAUCCCCUGUAUGACCCUGGACGUGGACGAAGCGGAGGGCGAGGUGGCCGAGUUUUUGGACAAACUCAUGAUGGCAGUACUAGAGCUAAGGGAGCUCACAGCGUCCACGCAAGCAUUUCUGCGCAGAAUAAUCCUAAAGAAGGCAAGGACGAGAAUGACGAAAUAUAAGGAGCAGCACAGACAUGCGAUCACGGAACCAUUCGAACAUCCAGCAGUGAAGCGAGAACUGGAGUUCCUCACCAGCCAAUUCCUCAUCUGUCCAACGGACAAGGCUCCGAGCACCCCAACUUUCGUCUGCAAGAACUUCAUUCGAAAGCUCGCAUUUCAGAGGUUAUCCGGACCUGAGUUUGUCAGCAUCGUCGCUCCCCCCACUUCCGUUAUCGCCCGCAUACAAGGCGAGCUCUCAGCCAUAACGGCGCUACCAACGGCACCACCAGCACUCCCCUACCUGAUGACAGUUUUCAAGGCUCAUAAAGACACGUUCCGCUGGAUCACGAACACGACCGGGACAAUUGUCUCUCCAGCAGCGGACCUCUGUGCAUGUUUGUUGCGGUUUCUUCUUCCCUUGGUGCAGACGUUCUGUCAAGAAAGGAGCUUCGAAGUGGAGGAGCGGUUCGGCGUAAGGCCGAACCUAUGGUGGUCGGUAGCCUCGGUGGGAUAAUUCUGUGCAAACCUGCCGGAGAAGGUCUUCUCUGUCUUCACGGCCGACAUCACCAGGUGUUUCGAAGCUAUCCCCACGGAUUG